AUGGAGUCUCCAACAAGCGACUAUCUCUCUCCAGCACAACCUGACUGGCUCCCUUCUCCUACACAAAGCUUCGACUUAUUCACCACAGUCAUAGCCACGUUUACGGCCACUGCUUCACCUUCACCGACUCCAACGCCAGGCAUUACAAGAAGAGAUCUCUUUGGCAUGGGCGCUCUUGAUUCUCAUAUCUCUACUGGUGGUGACGCUCCUGACUUCUUAUUAUCUGCAGAUCAAUCUGCUAAACCGAAUGCCUUCUUUGCAGGAAUUUUCGUCGGCCUCAUCAUUCGUUUUGGAUCGCCUGCUAUACAAGGCUUCGUGGCUUUUGAUCAUCGGUACUUUUUCAAUUUGUUGCUACCUCCUAUAAUUUUGAAUUCGGGGUAUGACAUGAAGAAGAAAAGCUUCUUUCGUUACAUCGGAUCGAUCAUGACAUUUGCGUUAUUGGGUACAUUCAUAAGCACUGUCAUCAUUGGUACGCUGGUCUACUUCCUAGUUUUGGCUGGAAUGCAUCGAUUAAAAAUGACGAUGAUGGAUUGCCUUGUAUUUGGAGCUAUCUUGUCGUCUACUGAUCCUGUUGCUGUGUUGUCGCUCUUUCAACAGAUGAAGGUUGAUCCGAAGCUUUAUGCCAUUAUCUUCGGAGAAUCGAUUUUGAAUGAUUCUGUUGCGAUUGUCUUGUUUAGCACACUGGGACAAUUCACGGGCAAAGAAUUCUCACUUGGAAAUGUGGUUGCUGGAAUAGUCACCUUCUUUGGUGUCUUUCUUGGAUCGAUAUUGUGUGGAACUGUAGUAUCACUCAUUAUUGCAUUGAUGUUGAAACACAGUCAGCUUUAUGAGUUUCCUUCAUUGGAAUCUUGUCUUGUUAUCAUCAUGGCGUAUUCUUCGUAUCUCUUGUCGAAUGGGUUACAGUUUAGUGGGAUUGUGUCAUUGUUGUUUUGUGGGAUUAUUCUUAAACAUUAUGCUUAUGAUAACAUGUCUGUUCGAUCACGUCGAACUACGAAAUACAUGUUUCGAGUCUUGUCUCAGCUCUCUGAGAACUUUGUCUUUAUCUACCUCGGUGUAACACUGUUUACGAGUGACGACACACUAUAUUUACCAGGCCUAAUAGUCUUCACUCUGGUCUUUAUGGUCUUUGCUCGCUACGUCUCUGUAAUCCCACUUGCAAACCUAAUCAACAUUAUGAAUCGUCGAAUGUAUCCAAACAAACCGGAUCCCAUCCCGAGAAACCAUCAACUCAUGUUAUGGUGGGCAGGCUUGAGAGGUGCUAUUGCCUUCGCUUUGUCAUUCGAUGUCUCGGGCCCCGCAGCACAAGCUAUACGAACCACGACUCUAGUAGUAUGUGUUAUAUCGGUCAUUGUGUUGGGAGGUACUACGCCGAGAGUGAUAGUAGAGUUGGGGAUUCGGACUGGUGUUGAUCGUAAGAAACGGUCUGAAAGGUCCUCUUCGUCGAAUGGUGUAUUAUUAGGAGGUGACAGCGGCAACAACAAUAGCAAUAUGGAUGAUUUCGAUGACGAAGAUGAUACAGACUCGUCUGAUGGAGAUGAUGCUCUAGAUUGGACUGAUGCUGAUAUAGCACCUGUCGGAGGUCGAAGGCAUCCACAAGAAGCAGAAUAUGUGGAUUUGAGUGAUCAUGUAUUACCUGAUGAUGAUAUUGUAUCUCCGAGAUCCGAUGAUUUGCUUAAUGGUGAUGCUAGUGGUGGUGGUCGGAAAGGUCAACAGAAUAUGAAUGGUAACGGACAACAGCAACGGCCGUUGCCUAGGUCAGGACAGUCGUCAUCAAGCAACAUUCUGCCAUCAGCAGAUGGUCGAAUGAGUAUCGGAAGCAGUAUACAUGCAUUAUUAGGACAUCCAUGGCUUGCACGAGAUGAGGAUUUCUCGCAUUGGUUUAUAUCGUUUGAUAAUCAAUGGUUAAAACCCAUAUUUACAAGAACCAGAUGGAAGUGGGGACGAAGGUCUACUGCCUUGUCACCGCAUUCUCCGAAUCGUCACCAUCAUAGAGCUAGUAGGUUGGAUGAUCAGUUUGAUAGUGCGACGUUUAGAGCGGAUAAUUCGACUGGCAGUUUUGGAGGUGGAGGCAAUGGAAGGUCACCACCACCUUCAGCAGAACCAUCUGCAUCUGGAGCACCAACAAGAAAACAAUCUAGAUUCUCUCGCACAACAAACGACGGUAGAAGCAGCAGUAGCAGCAGGAAUGAACAUACGAAAGAAGAAUCAGCACCCAUCAUUAGCUUUUUGACCCCUACUACUUCAGCACCACAUACACCAAUAGCAGAUCAAUCACUACAGCAAAUGAUACCUUUAACGCAAAUGUCGAAUGAUGAAUUGUCUCCAGCUAUCAUGCAAGGGUUUGAAACUUUUGGGGAUGUACAGUCGUUUGAUGAUAUACUGUUUGAUAGUGGUCAAGACCUUUGA